AUGGACAUGCGGUCCAAGGUGUACCCGUCAAUGCCGGAGGGCCAAGGACUACGUCUCGUACUGCCACGUACUAAAGACUUGCGUUAUCGCUCACAUAUUCCAACAUCUUUUAUACAACGUCUCUAUAUCCAUGCAGACCCACGACGACGUUUCUGGUACACACGUUUCCAACUUAAACGUAAAUUUAUCGUCAUGUCCAAGCAGGGGGAUCUCUACGUAAAGACGAGCGUUACCGUUUAUACGAUGGCCGAUCUGCCCAAGAAAAACGUACUUAGUAUGCCUCGCGUAGCAUGUGGGGACCUCGUAAAGGUGCUGGACCUCGUACAGUGCUCGAGGAGUGAGGGUCAGUACUGGGAGCUCGUGCUAACACGCUGGCGGAACAAUAUGGAGACGUGGCUACCUCUAGAAGUGGUGCAGCUCUCUGCUUCCAAUCUGCUUCAAGAAUUUUAUGUCAAUAGUGUCAACUCGUGGGCCUUUCACGGCCGUAUACACUUAGGGAGCCUCCAGACGUUUCAGACAGAAGUGGAGCUUUGGCUUUAUCACCCCGAGUUUCAGGAAUUGUACAAAAAACUUCGUCAGAGGCGCGUUGGAGACACUACAAUACCGUCUACUUCACAGCAGCAGCCAGUGCAGGUGUCGAAUCAGACGCGUGUUAAAUCGGAAAGACCAGUAACAUCUGUACAUACCUCAGAAGCACCUUUAUUACCACGUAUGCCUCAUGUAACACAAGUACCUGUCAUCGUUCCAGUUCCAGCUCCAGUUUCAACAGAAAAUGACCCGUCAGAAAUAGUAAUACAAGAAUUUGAGCAACGAAGACUUGCAAGGGUACGUCAAGAGCAACUUGAACAAACCCUAGAGAAAAUUAGGCAGAUGAAAUUGCAGCAAGAACUGCUGCAAGGACAACAACGAGCUAGAGAGCAGCUUGAGCAGCAACGAAAGCUAGAAGCCGAACGGCAACUUCAGCAUGAGCGGCAACGAAAAAAAACGCAUGAAGAGCUGCAAAAGAGCCAGAAAAAGUAUCUGCAGCGACUUCGGAUGCAGCAGGAGCGAGAAAAGGAGGCAGAACUGCAGCAGCAUCAGCAAGAACAACUGCUCCGGGUGCAGAAACAAGAAGAACUGCAACGUAGACUGCAGCAAGCGAAGCCAUUACAAGAACAAACACCUAGAGAGCGACGCUCACAAGAAAAAAUGACAACAACGCAACUCCGGCACAAAGAAAAUCGAAGUGAUGCUAUUCUUUCGCCCGGCUUGCAUCGGCCAAGCAAAAGCAAUUCCAUCUCAAUCUGGACCAAAGAUGGUGAUGACGAGUACGUUCCACCGAACGAAAGCAGUGAAAGUAAUGAUAGCCACUUCAGUGCCGAUAGCGAGGCGAGUGAGGACAGCGUAAGUUAUCGGUCUCGAAAGCGCCGUCGAAAGCGAUUAUUAUACUCCCAAGUAGAUCUCGAUGACGAAGAUGAUGAUGAGCUUCCUGAUCUGUCACAGCCACGUCCUAGUAAUCCUCAGCGAAAUGAAAUUCGAGAGACCCGCCAAGACGAACUGUACAGUGAAAAGUCUUUCCAGAAGAUGGAGAAGCGGAAAAGGUUACGCAAGUCAUUUCCGACCAAAGAGAACGGAGCGACUGGCAGCAUCGUUGACGUUGACCUUACGCAACUUUCAGAUGAUGAUGAUGAUGAUAAUGAUGAUGAUGUUGAUGGUGAUAAUGAUGAUGAUGAUGGUGAUGAUAAUUGUCUUGAGGUACCGGUGACAGCUCCGCCUAUGACACCAAAUGAUCAUGAUAAAAAAGAGAGCUGUGGCGACGACAAUGUUGCUGCAGUUGUUGAUGAAGAUACUGAUGAUGAUGACGACGAAGACUUUGAGCCUACGAAAAUAGUUGGCAAAAUUUUAUGCGUAUGCGGGGCUACAUCAGUCGGAGGAUACCGUGGACAAUGGAUGCAAUGCUGGAACAAAGAAUGUGGUGUUUGGGAGCACGCUGAUUGUGUUGGACUUUUGACAAGUUCUGAAAACCAGCCAUCACCGAGAUAUUUUUGUACUCGUUGCGAUCCUGCAGCAUACCUUGCACAUCGUGUCAAAGCAUCCCAACGAAUUAUGGAUUGGUUGUUCCAGUGUUGCGACAGUAGAAACGUGAGGCAGUUGAUGAAGUUGCUGGAAGACAACCCAGAAACUGUGAACAUUCUUUCAGAUUGGAAAAAUGUACGUUUUGAUAACAGGACGUUGGCUAUGCACGUUGCGCGAAAUGGUCUUGCCCAAUGCUUGCAAUAUCUAUUAGAUGAGUGCAAAGUGGACAUUUUUGCGACGGAUCUGCAGAGUCGCAACGCACUACACCAUGCGGCGCAAGGGGGCUCAGUUACUUGCUGUCGCGUUCUACUCAAGCAUGAUCAAACACUACUGCUACAUCCAGAUUUGCGUGGCUGCAUGCCCUUUCACUGUAUGCUGCAAUCAGUGAAGGUCAACAAGCUGUGUAUUCCUCUCAUGCAGGAGAACACGGCGCUAGUUGGUAUGGGAGAUCUGGACUCCAACUUUCCGAUCCACUACGCGUGCCAGGCUGUCAACCGCUACACAGUCAAAAUCUGUCAGAUCAUCUUUGCUGCUCAAACAUCGAUGCUUCACGAGAAGUCCAGCGAAAAUUUAGAUGCUUUGAUGAUCUUAUGCAAGUCGGCUGGUACUAGUACAGAUUCGAUUCGGAAUAAGAUAGGCAACGCGAGCGAAGUGGCUAAAAGUGCAAAGGACGUUAUAUCUUUGAUGCUCGACAUCGACGUGUUUGGGGACUGUUUAAACCAGAAAGCACCCAACGGAUGGUGCCCACUUCAUUUUGCAGCAGCAUCGGGAAACCAUGACCUUAUUACACAUAUUUGCAACAUUGCGCACUUUGAUGUAAAUCAUGCCGCGAAAGCAUCCGGUGAGACAGCGCUUCACAUUGCGGCGCUACAGAAUUGUUCGUUAGGUGUUCGUGCACUUUUGCUUGAGGGGUUAAAUGUUACGGCAAAAGAUAGUGAAGGACGGAUUCCAAUGCUAUGCACGGAGGAUGCCAAAUGUAUCCAAGAGUUUAUGCAUUACAAGCUAACAAAACAACUAUCAAGGCUGCAUCGAAUGCUGGGCAAAUAUAAGCAGCGAGGGCUUGUCCGUCGAUGGCAGCAUCUCGUAGUACGUGACCCGACUUGCUUUGAUAUUCUGAAUGAUUGGUGUCAAAGGGAUACUGAGCGGAUCGAGCGGAUGGAAGGGCUAUUAUUAUCAAACCCGUUUCUACUUCGACUGGAUAACAAGAUGAAAUAUGUUCGGACAAACGUUGUUUCUUCUAUCAAAAGGUCUUCUGGAAUAUACUCAGUCACCACUAAAAAUGGUAAGACAGGUAUUGAGAAACAAUCAAAGGGACAGAAGAAACUCGCUUUUGUAUUUUCGCAUGGAAAUGGAUGUUUCUGGAAGCAGUUCGUUGGCAUGGGAAUGAGACUGGAGCCGGAAGAUUUUCGCUUGCCACUAAUUUUUUUCAUCGAUCAAGGUAUUCAAAACCGAGACACCACUAUGAGGCUGGUUUUGGCUCGUUUAGCGGAGGGGUUGGUUAAAGAGGUACCGGGAUUACUAGUACGCGGGUCUACUCACGCCUCGGAACAAUUUCGCUUAUCUUCUGACAAGCAAGAGCUGGCUGGACAACUGCUAGGAUUUUACUUGUUGGGAGAGCUCGUCGCGCACUUUGUCCUUUUUGCCGUCCGUUUAAACGGUAAACUAGACUUUAAUCCAGCAUUUUUGCGCUGCAUUGGUUGCCAAGGGAAGUACAAAUUGGGGCAUGAUGGGCCUUGGCAUAUUUCUGGUAGCACUUUUGUUGCGGGGUUUGAGGCUGUAUUGCCUGCAACCCUUGUUCUCUUUCGUGCGGAAGAUCUUCGUGUACUAUUCAACGGUCCACAGACUAGUCUUAAUGCUAUGCAGAUAGACUGGAACACUGCUAUUGAUUGGAAAAUUUGCGGCACUAGAGCAAUGUGUGACAAGGACACUGGUAGUGCGAAGGUGUGGUUGCCUCGCCUAAUGAACGAGCUAGUUGAGGAAGAGCAGCAGCUUCUCUUAUUGUUUAUGACUGGCCCAUUCCAGCUAAUAAGUCGUCGUUUUGUUUGCUCUGGAAGCGACUCGGACCGCCUUACUGUCGCGUCUUUUCCCGAAACUGAUGAUCCGCUUGACUACGACACGAUGCUUCCUCUUUUGGACGACAACCAUAAUCUUCUACGGCUUCCGUCGUACUCAUGUUAUGAAGCAUUUAAAAAGGGGAUGCUAACUGUGAUUCGGCAUGCUGACCACGCUUUUCUUUCGGAGUAG